AUGAAGGCAUUUGUGAUAUUAAUGUUAGUGAUUUGCGCCGCUGUAAUUGUGGAGCAAUCAGAGGCUGAGGAAAUGCCGGUAAAUGGGGUAGAUGUGGUAGAUGCAUACCGCUUUGCCAACUGCGCGGCCGAAACUGAAGUCUUUAAUGCAGUCCUUGUAUCUUGCCCUUCUCUCGAAGUGCUUGCACUAAAGAUCAGUUGCCCCAAAAAAGGGUUUCUGAAGAUUGAAAACCACAACCUAAAGUUCUUAUUUUUAUCUUGCCUUGGGAUAAAAGGCAUUAACGUGUCUUCACCCAACCUAGAUAUCCUCUCCAUUGAAUAUCUCUCGUGUAAGGAAGAGAACUUCUUCACUGCGAGCCCUAGGCUCCAUUCUCAUCGGAACUAUUGGGCUGCAGGACAGUGCCUUGCUCACACCAGCUAUAUUAUAUCUUGCCCCCAGCAGGGAGAAGAAAGCAUUGGGCAUGAAGUCAUGCUGAGCGGAUUCAAUAAUUGUAUGAAAAUGUUGUCAUUAAUGUCGGUAAGUGUAGACUUAACAAAUGCAAAAGAAGUUGAGAUGCUCAGACAAGUGUUAGCUGCAUGGCCUGUAGAAAUGGGAGAACUUGAGAUUGUAUCUAAGAUUAACAAUGAUGCUAGCAAAGAAAGUGAGUCUUCCAUUGGAAAAACAAGGAACACGAUUUGGGAAGAGACAAAACCGUUUCCCAAUGCUGAGUUUCGUGUAUAUGCGGUAUGGUUGUCUAACUUUAGCGGUUCAGAGGAAGAGUUUGCAUUAGCCUCGUGUAUGAUAACUCAUGGGACGGUAAUCAGGACCGUGACGAUUAGACCAUCGUCCUCUUCUACAACUAAGAAGUCGAAAAUCAAAGCGGCAAUAGCGAAGCUAAAGGAACUUCCAAAAUGUCACAAUUGCUUUCAUAUCAGAUGUUCUGAUGAGGCUUUGGUUGAACCUAGCCUUUGGUAAUAGAGAAAGAGAACUCUUCAGAAUUUGGAUUAAAUUAUUGUUGUAUUUCCUUUUUAUGUUUAAAUAUUUGGGAUAUAAUUUGGAUUAACUU